AUGUCCACCCUCCUCCCAACCACCCCCCUCCAGCGCCUCCGCGCCCGCCCCUCCUCCCCCCCAGCCCGCGCCCCACCCCACGGCCCCAAACCCCACCUCGCCGCCCUGGCCCUGAAACUCUGCCCCGCCAUCCGGCGCGCGCACGCCCGGCACGAGUACGAGAAGGACCGCGCGCGCGUGCGGGAGGUCUACGCGGGGUACCAGGAGCGGCGGCGGCGGAACAAGGGCGGUGGCGACGUCGUGGGCGGGGCGCGCGGGGGCGGGAGCGUGGUGGACCUGCGGACGUAUCUGGCGCCGGUGGAGUGGGUGCCGUUGGAGCGGGGAAGGGACCCGUGGUGGAGCGAGGAGGUGCUGGGGGAGGGGGGGGAUCCGUGGCGGUUGCCGCCCGUGGGUGAGGUUGGUUGA